AUGGGUGCUAACCAAAGCAACACAUCCAAAGAAAUUGGAAGCUCAUCUACGUGGGUGGAGUUCGAGGACGACUGGUUCGCUCAAGGGGCCUCCCGACGGGUUUACCGGGGAACAUUUCAUGGAACCCCCGAAAAGGAAGGGAAACGAUGCGUUGUUAAAGUUUAUAAAGAAGAAUGGUAUGACGACAUUGAAGAAUACGCGUGUAUAGUAGACUACCAUGCUUACGAAAAAGCAAGUGAGAUGGCACAGUUGUUUAAUGUUCAUGCAGCCAUGUAUCGAACAAACGUUAAGCCUGAGUUUGAGUUCGUUGAGCCCGAACUCACCAACGUUGACAACCGUGCUUCAUUCCGAUUCCUUGGCUUUCUUCCAAUUAAUAGAAAAGUCAAAGGCAAACUGGCAUUCACAAGAGACAAUGUCACAAACGUUAUUCCUUCAAAUGCGUCCGUACUUGUCGAAAGGUACCUUGAGGGGAAUUACGUCAAAUUCACGAGCAACUCUGGAUUCACAGACCCUGAAAAAGGCGCCUUGCCAGCUGCCUUCAGUCAUUUUACGUAUCACGCAUCUGGAGGCGAGAUUUUGGUCAGCGAUCUGCAAGGAGUGAUGAGCGGUACACGGUACACAUUCACCGACCCAGCUGUGCUGAGUGGAGGCACAGAGCUCGGCGUCUAUGGCCCUACCGAUUUAGGGAAAUUCGGCAUUGUAAGGUUUUUCAAGAGUCCCAGUUGCAAUGAACUGUGUAAAGGGCUGAAUAAACCCCAAAUAUUUAAUGUUACGCGGGGUGAACAGGUGGUCAUGGAUCAAAUUGUCCAAAACAUGUCAGGCGAGAAGUCCUCCACAUACACAUAUCAGCUGAGUGAGUCGUCUGACGUCCCAAAGUCUGAAGUCGAAAAACUACAGCGGAAAAUAGAGCUGGAGACAAUCCCAGAAGAAUCUGACUCGGAUGUAGAAACUGAAUCCCACAGUGGCCUACAACAAAUCGAUUCGGUGUAUACCACUAUGUACGGUGAACUUGGGUCAUCAAAUACAAUAGAUCAAAUCAAGGCUUCAAUCAGCAAAUCUAUGCCAGACCCCAGUUCCUCAUACAUACAUUCGCUGCGUAUUUUGUCUGAUUCAGAUUCAGAUUCAGAUUCAGAUUUAUUUUCCAACUUGCAUUCACUCAGGAUUCUAUGA